CCGAGGAAAUUGCUCUAGCAAACCACAAAAACAUAUAUUUUCUCUGAGACAACUUAUUAUACUUCAAACACUUCCACCCUACUAAUGUGGUUAUGUUAAAGGUGGUUUAGGUAGGGUUUUAGAAACUCUGUUGUUAUUUCCAGUCAGUCGUGUUUUAAAAAGUAAAGCGAUUGCAUAUAUUUAACUACUACAAUUCCCAGAAUGUACCAGGGUUCUUUAAUGCUUUUUGCAGCAGUGGUGAACGUCAUACGAUCAGAGCCUUUUGCGACAUACGGAUGUCCUAUGUUUUCGGAUGAGGUACAGGUGACAUGGAAAACUACAGUAAGGCGCGGACGGUGGAACAGCCCUGCCCCUGCCCAUUCCCUGGCCUCUCCAGCGACACCAAUGAGGUUAGAGUGAAGGAUGGCAGCAAGAUCCGCAACCUCAUGCGCUACGCCCUGAGCUGCAUGGAGGUCAAGCCCAGGGCGCUGGAAGGCGAGGGGGGGCAUCCUAAGAGUGAAGAAGGGGGUAGCACCACCGAGGUCCAGGAAACACCAAGCUCCCAGGCACCGGAAAAGAUGCCUAGCCGGCAGAUAGUAUUCACUGGGACGGGGAAGGGGGUCUCCAAGGCCAUCACGUGUGUGGAGAUCCUGAAGCGCCGUGUGAAAGGCUUGUACCAGCAGACCAGGCUGCUCUUCAGCACUGUCCUGGAGGUGUGGGAACCCCUGGAGCCCGCGGCAGGCCUGGACAGCCUCAACGUUAGUAGGAACAUACCCGCUAUCUGGGUACUGCUCUCCAGAGACCCCCUGGAUGCCAGCCUGCCUGGAUACCAGGCUCCAGGGAACUUUGAUGCCCUGUGGGCACAGGCUGCCAAGGAGGAUGCAGGGGUGGCUGGUGGACAGAGGCAUGGAGGCAGGAGGAAGAGGGGAGGUGGUGGUGGCAGGGGGAAGGGACCAGGAGGCCCUGUCAGACAGACUGGUCGAUCCAGAGAGCCAGGAAAAGGCCAGAGUCGUGGUAAGGGGGCGCUGGCAGGGCAGGAAUGAGAUGUGAUCUGUGUGUGGAAGAGGCCUUUGGACCAACCUGUGAACAUCACAAGACAGUCCCCCAUCGGCCGAUGAGUGCACAAGAUAUCAACCUUUCCAACUUUUCCGUUAUUGUGUUAGGACUCACUUUUUGGGAGAGAGGAUGUGAGGGAGUGCCUAAGUUCAUAGGUCAAGCCUGAGAAUCUUCUGACUUGGGUGGAAAUGUUUUUAUGACAGAUUCUUUUUUUUGUGCUCUUAUAUUUAAGUUCACUAUUUUGUCUCAUAAGUAAAUAAAGUGUAGCCUGUACAUGA